AUGCCUGUCAUAGAAGGUACUGAUGUCAAUUUGUCGUACAAUGAUUGCAUUGUCGAAGAUUCCAGCAACUUAGUUGAUGGUGAUAGAGAUCAAGUUCAAGUAAUCAUUGCAGAAUUAAGACAACAACUGGAAAUUGUUACAGAAGAAAAAAACCAGUUGUUGGUUGAAAAUCAUAAACUAAUGGAGCAAACUGAUCAAUUAGCUGCUUCACUUAGUUGUCUCAAUGUUGAGCUCCACAACAUGAAGACAGAAAAGGCUGAACAACCAAAAUGUAGCUUGCUUGCUGAAAUUACGACUGACGACAAAAUGACUCUCUUCUACACUGGAUUAAAUAGUUUCAAACUAUUUACAGGUAUAUUUAAAUCGCUGAAGCCUGCGUUGCGGAGUGAUACGAGAUUUGCGGCAACUCUCGAGGAACAGUUUUUAAUAACACUUAUGAAGUUAAGAUUGAAUUUGUCGCGAAGAGACAUAGCAUACCGUUUUAAAAUCACUAUCCCGACGGUGACUAGUUAUAUAGAAAAGUUCAUAAAUGCAAUGUUCAUUCGGCUUCCUGUCGCUUUGUUACGGAAACCAGAUAGAGAAGCAGCUUUAAAAACUUUGCCACUAUCGUUCAGGGCGCAGUAUCCCAAUGUUAAUUAUAUUAUUGAUUGCACUGAAUUAAAGUGUGAAACUCCUAGCAAUAAAAUUGACGCAGUUUCCUGUUACUCGACUUACAAAAGUCACCAUACUUCAAAAUUCGCUAUAGUUAGUACUCCUCACGGUUCAGUCGCGUUCCUAUCAAAAGCGUUUACUGGCCGAGCUACAGACGUAGACACUAUUCGAAAAUCUGGUUUACUAGAAUUCAUUGAACCUGGCGAUGAAUUUUUGGCAGAUAGGGGAUUUAUCAAUGAAGGCGACUUUACAUCUUUAGGAGCUAAAGUUCAUAUCCCCUCAUUUAAGGGAAGAAGGGACCAACUAACAGGAAAAGAGACGGAAAGAAGUAGAAUUAUAGCUAAUGAACGAAUUCAUGUGGAACGCGUUAUAGGUAACUUGAAAAAAAAAUUCAUGGUGUUGAGAGGAAUAGUUAAAAUAAAAGAUUUUUGUACCGAUUACUACAAUAACGCAUUCAUCUCCAAAAUAUUUGUUACUUGCUGCUGCCUCAUGAACGCCCAGCCAACUAUUGUUCCACAAUAUUGAGUUUGUAUUCAGUUUGUAAUAGGGGAGGGUGGGGCUAGUUGGUAAAAUUUU